CAAAUUCUGAGAUGGAAUGGUGCAUUCUGCAGCAAUCAGUUUCCACGUUCUGAAGAGAGAAAACACAAUGGAGAUGCAUCCAAUAAACAAAACAAUUCAGUGACAAAGCCAAGACACAUCUUAAAGGAGCGCAAAGGCAUCCCCAGCCAACUCCACAUGAACAUGAUUUGAACCAUCAAGCUCCCAGUCCUAUCACUUAUCUUGCACUCAACAUGGUAGUGAAGUAAGUCAGAUGAGUCAGUGAAGACGCCUGAAUCUGCAGAUGCACAAAGCUGUGCCGUCACAAACCCCACAACCUGAAAGACGAUGCACCUGAGAAGCAGUGUCCAGUCACAGUGAAUCCCCGUCAUAUGAAAAAAGCUUUCAAAGUGAUGAACGAGUUACGCAGUCAAAAUCUUUUGUGUGACGUGACAAUUGUCGCUGAGGAUGUGGAGAUUGCAGCUCACAGAGUGGUCCUAGCAGCCUGCAGUCCUUACUUCCAUGCAAUGUUUACAGGUGAGAUGAGCGAGAGCAGAGCAAAGCGAGUCCGGAUAAAGGAAAUGGACGGAUGGACAUUGGGGAUUCUCAUUGAUUAUGUUUAUACAGCAGAAAUCCAGGUCACAGAAGAGAAUGUACAGGUUCUGCUUCCAGCCUCCAGUCUCUUGCAGCUGCAGGACGUGAAAAAAGCUUGUUGUGAAUUCUUGGAAUCACAGCUACACCCCACCAACUGUUUAGGGAUCCGAGCCUUUGCAGAUAUGCAUGCAUGUACAGAGCUGCUGAAUAGAGCCAACACAUUUGUAGAGCAGCACUUUGCAGAGGUGGUGCAAAGUGAGGAACUCCUGAAUCUGGGAAUUGAGCAGGUGUGCAGCCUGAUAGCCAGUGAUAAGCUUAUAAUACCAUCUGAGGAGAAGGUGUUUGAAGCGGUUAUUGCCUGGGUAAACCAUGAUAAGGAUGUCCGUCAGGAACACAUGUCCCAUCUUAUGGAGCAUGUGCGGCUGCCUCUGCUUUCUCGAGAAUACCUGGUCCAGAGAGUAGAAGAGGAGUCCCUGGUUAAAAAUAGCAGUGCAUGUAAAGAUUACCUCAUUGAAGCCAUGAAGUAUCAUCUGCUUCCUGCUGACCAGAGGUCCAUGAUGAAAACUAUUAGGACCAGAAUGAGAACGCCCAUCAAUCUUCCAAAGGUAAUGGUUGUUGUUGGUGGGCAGGCCCCUAAAGCCAUCCGCAGUGUGGAGUGCUAUGAUUUCAAAGAGGAGCGGUGGUACCAAGUAGCUGAACUGCCUUCACGAAGAUGUAGAUCAGGUGUUGUCUGCAUGGGAGGAUUUGUUUAUGCAGUUGGUGGAUUCAACGGCUCUUUAAGAGUGCGCACAGUCGAUUCAUAUGAUCCAGUUAAAGACCAAUGGACCUGUGUUGCCAGCAUGCAGAACAGGAGAAGCACUUUGGGGGCUGCCGUAUUAAAUGGCCUUCUUUAUGCUGUAGGAGGAUUUGAUGGGAGUACAGGUUUGUCAACUGUAGAAGCCUACAAUGCAAAGAAAAAUGACUGGUUUCUCAUAGUGCCUAUGAACACCCGUCGGAGUAGUGUGGGAGUUGGUGUUGUUGGAGGAUUGCUGUAUGCAGUUGGAGGGUAUGAUGGUGCAUCUAGGCAAUGUCUCAGCACAGUGGAGGCCUACCACCCCAAUGCCAACGAAUGGAAUUAUGUUGCAGAGAUGAGCACAAGACGAAGUGGGGCAGGUGUCGGGGUUUUGAAAGGAUUAUUGUAUGCUGUUGGAGGUCAUGAUGGGCCACUGGUGAGAAAGAGCUGUGAGGUGUAUGACCCUGCCACAAAUUCUUGGAAGCAGGUUGCAGAUAUGAAUAUGUGCAGAAGAAAUGCAGGUGUCUGUGCAGUAAGCAAUCUGCUGUAUGUAGUUGGUGGGGAUGAUGGUUCCUGUAACCUGUCAUCAGUGGAGUAUUACAAUCCUUCAGUUGACAAGUGGACUCUGUUACCUACUUGUAUGAGCACAGGAAGGAGUUAUGCAGGUGUUGCAAUACUUGACAAGCCGUUAUGACUAGGCGUGGAUUUGCUGCUGUUCUGAAUCUGAAGUAAGAUGUUGCUGAAUUAAUUUGGCGUCCUAAAGCAUCUUUGCUGAGCUGCUUCAUUCUGAGGCAGUGUGGAGGAGGACCGUACUAUCAGGCGAGGAGUGAAGACAUUGAAGAUUUUGCACUUAAUGGGAGCAGUACAUGGGAUCAGCCUUUUAACACAGACUUUUACCUUGUGGGAAAAGAAUACUCUAAGUCUGAAGGUGCACAUUGAUGAAAAAACACAGCUGUAACUAAAGCUAUUCAAAGUUGUACAUGGACCAAGUGAGAUUGAAAGGAGGAUGGUUAUCGUGCAAAAGAAUCUGAAGAGACAUGGACAAUAACCGUUAACAUUUGUAAUGUUUUUAUAAACUCUCAAUGAGCUAAUAAAUGUCAGUAUUCAAAAUAGAGGAAGCCAAUUCUAUACAUAACAUCAGUUGGAGAUGUUAAGAGGGAAUCCCUUGCAUCAUUUCUGGACUUAAUUGUUUAGUUUUCAUGGGCAUAGUACUACAAAUAAUUUCAACUAUAUAAUGUGUGUUUGUGUGUGUGUGAGUGUAAACGUGCAAGGCUUUACUAAUUCUUCUUCGCAACUGGUAUAUA